GAGAAGGUCUUAGUGCACGGAAAACAUAGGAGAAGGAAAAAAAGAGUCAUCAUGGCCCAGAAAAAGAACCUCCAGCUCACCAUCAGGGAAUACCUGCCUUCCGAUCAAUGUGUGGUGAAACAGCUCUUUUGUGACGGCGUCCGCGAGAACAUAUACCCGGCCUUCUUCAAGUCCAUGAGCCACCCAGACCACGUGGGUGUGGCGCUGAGCAUCUCUGUGGCUGGCUACGUGCUCGGAGGCAGCUCCUACUUCCAGGCGCUACUCUUUGGCGCAGCGUGGGCAGGGCUCAUCUACUUCUGCUGCCACGAGAUCUAUGAGGGCUACAUGCUAAGGAGGCUGAGCGUAGAUAUGGCUGACAUUCAAACCAACUACCUGGACAACCCGAAUAAUGGCUUUUGGGUGGCAGAGGUGGGAGACAGCACGCUGUCCAGGGUGGUGGGCAUGGUGAUGGUGAUGGGGCGGAGGAAAGUGGAAGAAGAUGACCAUCGUGACAACUUGAACGGCGGUAUGGGGACGGGAUCCUCGGCCGACGGGAGCGGAGAAAUGUCCUAUUUGGUUGUGUCGUUCCCAUGGCGUCGCACGAAGCUGGGUUCCCAGCUGACCCAGCGGGCAUUAGACUUCUGCAAAGAGCAGGGCUUCGCUCGUCUUGUGCUGGAUGUCAGCUCGCCACAGACGGGGGCCAUCUCCCUACUCAGAAAGGCUGGCUUUAUUCAGACCUCAUCGCACAGCAACACGCACGCCAACGGCUUGAUCGCCAAACUGGCAAGAAUCAGUGUAAUACGCAUGGAGAAAUUCCUCUGAAAGACUCCAAGACCUCUUCCAACCUGGACAGCCGAUAUAGCCGAUUGUCCGUUACAUUGAAGCACUUUUUUUAUUUGAGGCCAUAUGUACCCUUAUUACUCGACAGUACAAAACUAUUGUUUGUAGGUUUUUUUGUGGCCUAAAC